CAAACUGUUCUCAGCCAGAUGAACGCUCACUGAAGCUUUGCCAUGUUUGUGAUGCAACUAAACGCAGUAGGCUAAUAUGUGUCGGUGCCCGCCUCGCAAAUUAUAGUAAACCUACAUUGUGUUCUUGUGAUUCUUCGCUGUUAAGCCCCUAGCGAUUUCUGACACGCAUUCCAUGUCGAUAUCUCUGGUGUUAGCUUUCUGGUGCCCAGUUUACAGAGGCACCGCGGAGCAUUAUCACCGUGGAUUGGCCGAUAGUGCGUGUGGAGGGGCGUGUUUACGGGAUUGCCAUUGGAAUGCGGGCGCACUGGGGGCGAACUUCAGGUGUACAGACUCAAACACGCGCUCCUCACGGAAAACAUCUGUAGCUCACCGAAGACAUGGUGGAUGAAUUGAAAAGGAAUGGAAAUCUGCGUGACAUUUAAGUAGAGGGAUUAUUUGAAAUGCUAUAAAGUUAUUGUGCACUUGUCGCUCGCUUGGUUUUAUCAAUUACUUUUUAAAAUAUGUGUUUUACAAACAACCACCCAGAAUACUUGAAAUCUGUUAUGAUUUUUCUAUGAUUACGAUCUUGAAACGUUUUUGAUAGUUUCUCUAAAAACACUGUGGUGCACAUUGUUGAAAACAGAUUGGUCAAAGCACAACAGAACGAGCUCAGACGUAGUCCUUCAUAGAACUGAAACUGCAAGACGCAUUUUGUCUCUCUGUAAGUAAUUGGGUGUCUUCGUGAAGACCUAAUUUGGAAACCUGAAAAUAGCUGCUUGACUGUGUUUUUGUCUGUAUGCUAUCCGUUGCCAUCAUACCUGAACGCGGGUGUAAAGUGGACGUGCCUUGAUUCAUGCUCCACACAUGAUAUGGGUGUCAGUGGCGUAGAUGACAACUGACGUGCUGAAGAGGUGGACUUAACUUCGUCAUUUGCUUCGAGACUUUGCCAAUUUCCUACUGCUGGGAUUUAAAAAGACGUCUAACAUUCAUGAUGGAUGUGUUGUAGAGCUCAUCUCAGACAAGCCAAACGUCAAGUCACUUCUAAUUGAAUUCCUCGUGGACCUAGGUGUCACAUCACAGUUCAAGAAGCAUGGAAGUAUUUCACCAAAAAUGUGCCAGCUUUCGAAUGGAUUAUGUUGCCCACGGCGAUGUGACCGUCACUGAAGUCCGCUGUGUCAGAUGAUGCAAACUCUCGGAGAACAGCUUUAUCAAGAGGUUAUUGUUAUCACAACUUAUGAAGAAAGAUGUCAGCGCAUUUUCACAGGAAGCUGUCUUUGUGCCAGACACUCACCUUCAUCAUUCUGCUGCUGUCACCCCUCUGCCUGUGGGCUCAGCACUCCCCCUGGGGGUUUGCCGGGGGGUCGGUGGGUGCCCCUCGUGGGCGUGUGCGGCGGCAGCUGCACUUCAGGAACGAGUGGGCGGGGUGGAGUGGCUGGUCCGUGUGCUCCCGCAGCUGCGGGGGAGGGGCUUCAGUCCGCACUCGCACCUGUAUCACCAGAAACCCUGUUGGAGGCCCGUGUGUGGGAGACCCCCGACAGUACAAGAUCUGCAACAGCAAGGAAUGUCCGGUUGGGGAGUUGGACUUCAGGGAGAUGCAGUGUAAAGCCUUUGACGACCGUCCUGUGGUGGCAGGCAGCAGGUACAGAUGGACGACCUUCCAUGGAGGCUCUGACCCAUGUGAGUUGAGCUGUCUGGCAGUCGGUCAUAAUUUCUACUACAACUUUGGCCGAGUUCUGGACGGCACCCCCUGCCAGACCGAGCCUAGAUCUGUGUGUGUUAACGGGAAGUGUCUGAAGCCAGGUUGUGACCUGAUCCUGGGCUCCAAGCAGAAGGAGGAUGCAUGCAUGGUGUGUGGAGGUCAUAACUCCACCUGCCUCCAUCACAGCAGUGUCUACCAGAGCAACGGACAAGAUGGGCCGUUCGGGUACAAUGAGGUCACCAUGAUCCCGGCUGGCGCCACGUACAUCAGGGUGACGGACAACAGCAGGAACUAUCUGGCUCUCCAAAAUGGCCGUUCGCAGUUUGUCAUCAACGGCAACUGGAAGAUCAAUAUGCCGGGAGAGUACAGCGUGGCCGGCACCAAACUGCUCUACCGACGGUCCGCCGACACAUGGGAAAGCUUUGAGGUCCCAGGGCCGACGAAGGAAGACUUACACAUUAUGGUAUUAUCCACUGAUAAGAACAACGGGAUUGAGUAUGAGUACUGGCUUCCACCUGACCGCUACGCACUGUAUCAUGGGAUACGUAGUCCUUUGCGGCAGCCCCACCAUGCUGGCUUUCCACCCUGGAAUCCUCCGACUCCCAGCACCACCACAGUUACCACAACAACUACCACCACCACCACCACCACCAGACCUCAAGUGGUCACACGGCCGUACCGGGCACCAGUGGGGGGUAGAGAGGUGAACCCCCCUUACCUGCAGCAUCAGCCUUACCAUCCUCCUCCUCGACGUCAUCAUCCUCAUCAUCAACUUCAUCAGUAUGAGCCUAAUCACAACCACCUGCCUGAGGAACCCCGGCGAGGGCAUUGUGGGAAGUGUAGGCGAGUGCGAAGUCGAUCCGAGAGGCAGAGGCAGUAUUGUGAGAAAGACUUUGUGUUCCGUGCCCAGAUCCUUGAGAAGCGUUACCGCGGUGAGGAGACGCGCUACGACGUCCAGGUGAUCCACACCUACCGGAACCGGUACCGGCUGGAGCACCGCGAGUUCCUGUGGGUGCCCAACGUGUGCGACUGCCCGGCGCUGGAGAAAGGGCGCCAGUACGUGCUGAUGGUGCGGCGGCACGUCAACCACGAGCGCACGCUGGACCGCAUCCUGCUGGACGAGGACAGCUACGUCCAGCCCUACCGCCCGCGCGAGCACAGCCUGCUCAAGCCCCUGGAGCAGCUAUGCUCCAACAGGGGGCCGCCACCAACAACACGCCACUACCACAGAGGAUAGAGGGAGCAUGGAGAUGGAAGAUGAGACACAAGAUGAGAGAGAGAGCGAGAGAGAGAGAGAGAGAGAAAGAGAGAGAGGGAAAGAGAAAGAGAGAGAGAGAGGAGGAGGAUUACAUCUUCUUACAUUUCCACUACCCUGUCUUUUGCCAUGUCCAUUAAAACUGGGGGGGUUAAGACAGAGUGGGCAUCAUGGUCACAAAAUCCCAACCAGCUGCAGAUAUUUCCCCCAGUACAGCUGUUGUCCCAGGUGGAUUUACUGACCCUUGCAUCCUUCCUGUAACAGUAUGACUAAUUCCUCCCUGCAGCCUGUCCUGUGGGGUUCAGCCUCCAGCCCUUGGCCCUUCCCUCUGCUCCCACCUCAGAUGUGCUACUAGCAUCUAAAAGCUCUGUGCAAAAAAACUCCAGCCGUGACUGCAGAGACAAAUGGCCUUUUAAAUCAAGACAUUUCUGAUCACGAAAAAAUGCUCCAAACAGGAAAAAAGUGAACCUUCGCUACGGCCUUGAGUCCAACCUCUCCGUCCUCUCGCUUUUUGUUUAAUGUUUAAUGUAUUCCGACCGUGCCAUGUCCUCAUUACUGCUCCCCGAAGGCAGAGCAGGUCACGGCGGUGAGGCGUGACAGAACCCAGAAGAUGAGACAGACCCUGCUUUUUCGCUCUAAGCCUGACCUCAAGGAUGGCGAGAGGAACCACUAGUGUUCCUGUUGGAAAGAGGCCCAGUCAUGGGCAGUGCAAGGAGACACAGGGGACACUGGGAGAGCUGUAGAGACUGUAGACUAUAGAGGAGAUAUUUGUUUGUUUGUUUGUACUCAUUAACAAAAAAAAGUGAAGCACUUUAGGUGGAGGUUUGGAUUCACCUUUAAAAUGUUGUAAACCAAAGAGACAAGAAAGUGGGCAAUGAGGAGUUGAAUUGAAAAUAUUUAUGACCACUUUAUACCUGUAUCUGGCCAAUCAGUGUGCAAGAGCUCCAAGGACGCAUCCAUAGUCAUGCGAGCAUAUAUCCAUGUCUGCUCUACAAAAACGAAACCCACCAUCAGUUAUCUGUCAGGUUUGUAAUUUCGUCAUUUCUGGUUUCAGUGAGUAUCUGGGAUGGUUCUAGACUGAACAUGUUAACACAUUCGGGCUUGACGCCCAUGGAAGACACGGGUUCGAAUCCGGCCCAAGGUCAUUACUCUUGUCCACUCUCCACCUCUUCUCCCUCUCAUUUCCUGUCCCAAUCUUCACUGAUCUAUCAAUUAAAGGCAUAAAAGCCCAAAAACAAAUCUUAAAAAAAAAAAAAAACCCACUGACGGUGAGAUAGGGAGAGAAGGAGGAUGGCGAAACCCUGAAAUCGUGUUUUGCUUCUCUCGCCAUCUUUGCAUUGUGUUGUUUUGUUUUAUUUAUGUGCCAACGGAAUAUUUAGAAAUCAUAUAUAUAUUUGUCUUUUGAUAUUGUAUUUUUUUUAUAUUGACAUUUCAUUUUAUCAAACACUGCAUUGCUCAUGUUAAAAAAGGUAUUUUAAGUUAUUUUUGUUCAGUUAUUCCUCCAUAUGUUAUGGCAUAUAUAAUAAUUUUAUAUUUUUACCCAACCUGUGUGACAGUACCUGCUUGUUGCAUGAUUUAACACUGCUUUGAUCUUCUGGUCAGUGUUGGCAGCCUGUAUUGUGUGUGUCCUGUGUUUCUGAGGACGCUGUCUCCAUCCCAAAGCUAACCUCCAACUCAAUGCUUCUAAGCCUGUUCUGAUUGAAAAGACUGUGGUAUUCUUGUGUCUCCAUUGUGCCAUCUAUUUGGUUCAAAGUUUUACUCAAUUUUAAUACUCAAGACCUUUGUAUAUCUCCAAGGCCUUUCCCAGCUCCAGGUUAUGCAGAUGCCAGUAGUGCUUUGGAAAGCGGUAAUCGUCUCUAUUUGAUUGUUUGUGACUGAAAGUUGUAUCUCUCUGUGUAUUGUAAUUGCUUCCAUUAUUGUUCAUGUGUGUUGAUAUGAUAAUUACUGAUAAUGAGACACAUUACAUAAUACAGUGUCUUCUCACAAAGAGACUCUGCUUUUGCAUCAUGUCUGUCAGGGCACUGUGCCUCCAGCACGUGUGUCACGAGUUCCUUUAUCUCAGUUGAUUUGCAGGGUUUUGGGUUAAUGUCUUUUGCAGGAGAGUCUUUAAGAGAACAUAACAGAAAGACUUACAAGGAAGCUCAUCUUUCCUGGAAAUCAUGUCUGUGGGCGUGUUUACGUUCUCUCAAGAUGACCUUUGACACCGCACAGCCCUAAUUAAAGACUUAAGGGUUUAAGACACACAAAAAAACAAUGGGGUUUGGCUAGACGGAGCCAGAUGCAAGCCUCCCACAAAUUCAGAUCAAGAUGUCGUAUACGAUGUAUUAAAACUCAAAAUUCAUGCUUUUCAUAAGCAGUUUUUUUUUUUGCAUUAUACUCAUAUAGGUCAUGCUGAUAUCUCAUGUAAUUAUACAUUUCCUGUCUGUAACGAAGUGCUUAAACUACAGCAUUUUAAGCAGCAAAAAUUGUGUCAUAGUUGAAACACUGAUACUACAGACAGUUCAUGUCAGGUUUUGUUGAAUGAAGAUUAAGAGGAAAUUUGGAAAACUUAAGUUAACUGUUGUUAUACAUCUUACCAUCCCCAUCGAACCCCUUGGUUAUUCUCAAGCAACUUUAAGUGAUAUCCACUGGCUCAAAGACCUACCUGUACUGGUUAAUGAUCUAUUUAGUCUACGCCCAUGACUCUAGGGCUGGUCACAUCUUAAAGGUUCCGUGUGGAGCAUUUAGGGGUGAUCUAUUACCAGAACUGGAAUAUAGUUUUCAUAAUUAUGUUUUCAUUAGUGUAUAAUCACCUGCAACUAUAAAUCGUUGUGAUUUCGUUGGCUAAGAAUAAGCCCUUGAUGUCUACAUAGGGUGCGGGCCCUCUUCCACGGAGGCCGCCAUGUUGCGCUGCCAUGUUUCUACAGUAGCCCAGAGCGGACAAAUGAGCACUGGCACCAGAGAGGUCCUUUCAUAUUUGUAUGGCACCUGACAGCCACUGUAGCUUUUCCUACACAAGUAUUCAGUUGAUUGCAAUCUGCAGCCUCACCACUAGAUGCCACUAGAUCCUACAUACUGUCCCUUUAAGAAUUAGUCUUUGAAGUGUACGCAAUAUGUUGCUUCUUCCUAACUUCACUGGCAAAGAACGUGAAAAGUCAAGCAUUGUGUAUUUUGUUAGAAAUGUAUUUACAAAAAUAACAUGUAAAUCCUUCAUCACAAUGACAUAAACUGUGCUACUAUGAACAUGUAGUUAAUACAUACAUAUAAAUAAUCAAAUAGCAAAAUUCACCUGACCAACUAUAAUAGACAAAACAGCAACAAAAAACAAUUUAAAACGUCAGCCUAUACCAAUGCACCUGAGCAGUUUGAAAUGUUUCUUAUGUUCUUCAUGAGCAAAGCAACGCUGAAUAAAUUCAUCUGUCACACAAA